GUAUAAAAACGACUGUCUCGGCUCCCGUUUUGACCAAUGGGCAUGAAGUAAACAAGGACUUGUGUGUGCUGAAACCAAUCACGGCUACUGUUAUCAUGUAACCGACAUCCAAUCCAAAGGACGGGAGCUGGCCUGUUUAUGUUUGUGUUAGCCAAUGGGAAAGCAGCUGUUAGAUUUAACCGCCUCCCCCCCCCCCCAGUAGUUUUGAGACAGCCAUUUUGAGUGUGGCCAACCGAGAUAACGUAGCACCGUACUACCAAAACAACACCAUUAAUCGCAGUGUACUAUACUGAAUUAACGUUAUUAAAAGCAAAACGACAGUUAAACUGUGUAAUUAGUCACACCCUGUUACAGCGUGUCUUCAAAUCAGUCUGUUCCUACAUCAGCACUGCUCGACUACCAGCCGCACAGAACCACGUUGAUUGAGUGCUGAUCUGCUCGUUAUUGGAAGGGACUGAUAUAAAAAAAAAACUGGGUAUUUUUGGCUCCUGCGUGCAAUCCUAGUUUAUCAGUAGACGAAUUCCAAAUUACACACAUUGGUUAUUAAAGAUCUUAAAUAUAAUCCCAGUUUAGUGGUUUGCUUUGUACUAAAACGAUGGCUUAAUCGCUUACAACAGAUGUACUUACUAGACUAUGUUUGUUUAUGUAGGUCCAAUAUUUAAUUCGCAAUAUAUAUGUAUGCAUUUUUUUCAAAGUUUAUUUUGCAACGGGAUAACUAGCGAAAUGAUCACAUGAAUUGUAUUUAUAAUUUUCCCAAGAUGAUUUUAAGCCUAUAUUUCUUUGUACAUUUGUUGGCAUUUUGAGAUCGCCUGUCUUUUUACACUUCCAGAAACUCUGUUAAUUUUGAUUGCCAGCUUUUUAAAUCUGUUCCCAAAAUUUAAACUACGUUAAAAGAAAGGUGAAUACGAGAGUAUUGUGUUCAUGAAACCUGUAUAAAUAGUUAGUGUGUCUAUUAACUCUCUUUAACCUUAAACUCCUAAUGUCAUGUAAAAUUUGUAAAUACAUUUUUUGCAGCAAUUAACUUUACAUGUAGUGACGCAAGGUGCUCAUACCAGCGUUUUCUAAAGCACAGAACUGCCACCGAACUGGAACAGAAUAUAAUGUAUAUAGAGAUGACCCCCCUGUGAGGUUUCGUGUACCUUCGUCUGAUCUGUGAAGAUAUUUUGUAACAAUUUGAAGUCGCCCUGGAGCGGUGAUCCAAGUUCUACCGCUUUCUGUUACGGGUUAAAUUCGGAAUACAAAAUGAAAAAUGACUGCGGAAAAGCGAAUAUAUCGUUUUGUACACGUUCAAUGAAUCACGUCAUCCAAAGAGUGAUCACGGCCAUAUUAAAAGCUCAUUCGUCCAAAGUUAUGUUCUUGCUAGUGUAACAUACUUGAUUCACCACCGUCUUUUACCUACAAACAUUUGCCACACAGAAGAUGGCUCCCACUGUGGCCAAUUAACCGCUGGUGCGCCGAAGAAACAGGCGCAUGCGCAGUGCCCAGGGCCGAGUUCCCAAUACAAGAUGGCGGAGACGGUGGGGAGGAAGAGGCGGAGGCGGAUUUGGAUCGAGUUCAGCGAAGCCUUUAUCGGGUUCCCAUCAAUCCUCUCAAAGGACAGAUGAAGAGAGAUGUCGCGUGAAAACCACAAUAUGGUCGGGGGUGACCCCCCUGCACUGGUGAUGUCCCCCACAAGCUCUUCCAACCAGGGUCAGCCGCUGUCGCCCAUCGCGGCCAAACCAACCCUUGAGUUGCCAGAUGACAUGAUCCAGGCGGGCUGGUCCAAGUGCUGGAGCAAAAGGGAAAACCGGCCCUACUACUUCAACCGCUUCACAAACCAGUCUCUCUGGGAGAUGCCAGUACUGGGGCAGCAUGAUGUCAUUUCGGACCCCCUGGGUUUGAAUGCAGCCCCAGUGGACCCCAGCCUGGACAACGGGCAGCGCAAGAGAUGCCUCUCUGAGGAGACAGCGGUGGGAGGAGCCAACAGCUUCAAGAGACCCAAGGUGGAUAUCAUGCCAGUGACCCCGAUGGUGCCCAUCUCCCCCAGCACCCCUGGCCCCCCCGGCACCCCCCUAUCUAAAAUAUGGGGGUCCCCGACGGACGAGAAGCAGCAGCCCCCCUCUGCCGCACCCGCGCCCGCCCCCUACAGACCGACCGCGGUGUACUGGGACCUGGAUAUCCCGACCAACGCGGUGAUCAAGGAGCGCCCCCCCUCGGACGCACUGCCCCCCCACCCUGACGUGGAGCUGCAGCGAGCCCAGCUCACAACUAAGCUGCGCAAGCACUACCUGGAGCUGUGCCAGCAGAGAGAGGGGAUCGAACCCCCGCGGGACUCUUUUAACCGCUGGUUGCUGGAGCGGAAGGUGCUGGACAAGGGGAAGGACCCGUUCCUGCCCAGCGAGUGUGAGCCGGUCAUCUCUCCGGCCAUGUUCCGGGAGGUCAUGAACGACAUCCCCAUCAGAUUGUCACGAAUUAAAUACAGAGAAGAGGCCCGCAGGCUUCUCUUCAAAUACGCAGAGUCUGCGAAAAGAAUGAUAGAGUCUAGGAACGCCACCCCUGACAGCAGGAAGGUAGUGAAGUGGAACGUGGAGGACACCAUUAGCUGGCUGAGGAAAGACCACUCCGCCUCCAAGGAGGAUUACAUGGACCGUCUGGAGCACUUGCGGAAGCAGUGUGGCCCCCACGUGGCAGCCGUGGCCAAGGACUCAGUGGAGGGGAUAUGCAGUAAGAUCUACCACAUCUCCUGUGACUACGCACGCCGCAUCCGGGACUGCCACAGCACGCUGCUCAAGGAGUGCAACAUCUCGGAGACAGGGGAGGCCCCCGAAGUCCAGGACAGGCUGGUGUACUGCUACCCCCUGCGCCUCGCCACCCCCUCGCCGCCCCAGCCCCGCGUAGACCUGCACUUCGAAAACGAUGUGGCCUGCGUGCGCUUCAAGGGGGAUAUGGUGAAGAUCAACCGCAACUACUUCAGCAAGCUGGAGCUGCUAUACCGGUACAGCUGCAUCGACGACCCACGGUUCGAGAAAUUCCUUUCCAGGGUCUGGUGCCUGAUCAAGAGAUACCAGGUGAUUGUUUGCUGA